AAAUUCCAAAUUUUAUACAAUUUUCAUAUUUAUAUUUAAUGCUUAUAUAUAGCCGGCUACAUAUACCAUAACCCUUAUUAGUACUAUCCUCAUUUAACUUCUUAUACUACGUAUAUUACCAUUAAAGCUACAUACUUCGUUUAACAUUUUCCCUAAAUAAAACCACCCAUUAAACACAAACCAAUAAGUUUCACCAAAUCUGCUAAGAGCAUGUUGGAUGUGAUGUCAUCAAAUUCUUGUUAAGACUCACUAAGACUUACACAAAUUUAUCACUUUAGCCCUAAGACUUAAAUAUUUGACAUAUUAUAGGUAGAAAAGUGUAAAAAAAAAAAAAAAGCUUUAAUAAAAAUUAAAGUGAAGUAGGUGAAGUGAGUCCUAAUCUCAAAUUUUAAGACUUGGGCCUAAACUUGCUCUAAUUACCACUCUUCUCCUCACCAGUUUUUCGACUUAGGUUUGUACUCCGUUAUAUUUUUUUUUGUUUAUUCAUCAAACACUCUCUUUUAUCGAAUGAGACUCGAGACUCUUGGGAAAAGACUUCAAUUUGAAGGCAAAAUUCUAGGCAGGAAGAUAAAUUCGGCAAAGGAUGAAUAGAGUAAUGAAGAAACCUUGUGGGGACGUGAGUAAGUUUCAAAGAAUUUACAUGGACCUCGGAGAGAUUCUCAGAGAGCAUGCCCUUCGUUAUCUCCCAGCAAAAUCCCUUCAAAGGUUUCGUGCAGUGUGUAGGGAUUGGAAUCUUCUGAUCUCGUCUCCCUUCUUCAUCCAUAAUCAGUCGAUUGCAUUGUCCUCAAUGUCGGGUUUCUUUUUACAGUCACCAGGAAAACCUCCCUUCUUCAUUUCCCCGGACCGAAUGGCUCAUGGUGUGCCUGAUCAAGAACUGAAGUUUUUGCCCGAGGCAGUUGAUGUGAAGGCCUCCUCUAAUGGCCUGCUUUGCUGCCAAGGCCGCUCUGGGGAUAAGCCAUACUAUGUCUGCAAUCCUGUUAAUAAGCAGUGGAAGAAACUUCCUAAGCCUACUGCCAAUCAUGGAUCUGAUCCUACAAUUGCUUUUGAGUUUGAACCAUCACUGCUGAAUUUCUUGCCUGAUUAUAAGGUGGUAUGCAUCUUUGCUUCUACUGACAUUGAGGAAGCUUAUGAAUUUGAGAUCUACUCAUCGCUGCAAGAUUCUUGGAAAGUUGCAUCAGAGAUGUUCUUCAGCAGUAGAAAACUUACGUUUUUAAAAGGGAUUACUGUGAAUGGAGUUGCCUAUUGGCCAACAACUUGUGGGAAGCUUUUGAUCUUUGAUUUGAAAAAAGAAAAGGCAACGGAAACUUCUGCUUAUGGGGCAUUUGUCAACAGACCGCCAUAUGGCAAUACAUCCCUGGGGAUGAUGGAUGGGAAGCUCUGCAGGGCGUCUUCAACUGGUUUUUCCAUUAAGGUGAAUGUGUUGAGAAAUAUACAUAGCAAUACAAUGCCAAUGAAAUUUAAGGCGGGUGGCCCUUGGAUGAUGAAGCAUGAAGUUCAGUUGAAAUCUUCAGACAUGGGACUUGGGAAAAAUAAUCAGCUACGAGUUUUGUUCGUGUGGGAUGGUAUGCUUGUACUUGAAGCUGAUGGCAAGAAGGUCUUUAUUCAUGAUAUGAGAACCCUAACUACGACAUUGUGCAACGAAUCACCUUCUAAUUCUCGGUAUGAAGUUUUUCCAUACAUUAACAGCCUUGUCUCCCCUGUAUGAUCGACUUUGUUCAUGUCUUAAAGUUAGGGAUUGUCUUUGGUUUAGCUCAUUUGAUUUGUAGUGCUAAUUAGACUGUGUUGCAAUUUUUUUUGUUCUACUUUUGUCGUAUCACCUCUUUAAUGUAUUACAUUGCUGGCUGAAGCACUGUUUUUAGAUUCUUAGAACUAUUUUAGUUUA